AUGGCACGGCUCUAUGCAACUCUGCUCACAUUUUGCCCUCUGCUGUCUAUUGGUGUGCAGAGUCAAUCUAAAAGCAAGGACAUGUGUAUUUAUCAGGGCGAUGAAGAUAUUCACAGCUUUUAUCAGGGUGGAGAUGUCAUUUUAGGGGGGCUUUUUCCUUUACAUUCCAGUCCUAAAGCAUCAGUUUCUGCCUUCAAGACCAAACCUAAGCCAACAGAAUAUAAAUUCUUUACUUUUCGAGCACUAAGGUGGAUGCAGACGAUGAUCUUUGCUGUUAAAGAAAUCAACCAGCGGCAGGACCUUCUGCCAAAUGUGUCUCUGGGCUACCACAUCAGAGACAGCUGUGAUGACAUACCUGUAUCUGUAAAGAGAUCUCUUCUACUGGUCAAUGGACAGCCAGAGAAAGGCAAAGGACAAAGCUGUGAAGACACAGAAAAACAACCGAGUCCUGUAAUAGUGGGAGACGCUGCAUCAGGAAUAUCCAUGGCUGUUUUAAGAACUCUAGGAUCUUUUAAAAUACCUGUGGUGAGCUACUUUGCAUCCUGUUCCUGUCUCAGUAACAAGAGAGAGUUUCCAACAUUCAUGCGCACAAUGCCAAGUGAUGUUUUUCAGAUAAAGGCUUUAGUUAAACUUGUCUAUUAUUUUCAGUGGACAUGGGUCGGAGUAAUUGGUGUGGAUUCAGAUUAUGCUCGAUUUGCCAUCCAGCUCUUCCUGAAAGAGUCGGAAAGAUUUAAUAUUUGUCCUGCUUAUGUCCACUUUUAUCCUGUUGCGCUUGUUCAAGAUGCAGUUGAGGAGCUUGUGAACAUUUUAAAAACCUCUUCUGCAACAGUCAUACUAAACUUCUCUGGAGAAUCUGAAAUGCAUGGUAUCCUUAAAGAAUGUAGACGACAAAAUGUUACACAUCUUCAGUGGAUUGCUAGUGAAGCCUGGGCCACAUCCCAAGCACUAUGGGACAGUUUUGGUGAUUUGUUAAAGGGAACUUUGGGGUUUGCCAUACGAAGGGCUGAAAUUCCGCAUUUUGGUAGUUACCUGAGGACAAUAAGUGUUUCAGUUGCACAAACAUCCCAUUUUCUUUCUGAGUUUUGGGAAGAGACUUUUCGCUGUCGCAUGAAUGGAUCUUUAAAUACUCAUGUACAUGGAGAAACAAUACAGAACUGGCCACCCUGCAAUGGCACUGAGAGCCUGGAUGAUGUGUACACCCCUUAUUCAGAUGUUUCACAACUCAGAGUUUCUUACAAUGUUUACAAAGCUGUGUAUCUUAUAGCACAUGCACUACAUGAUAUGAACAAAUGCGUCCCAGGAAAGGGCCCUUUUCAGAAUGGGACAUGCGGGAGUCUGUAUCACAUUCUGCCAUGGCAGCUCCUUUACUACAUGAAGCGUACAAAUUUCACAACAUUAGGAGAAGAGGUUCGAUUUGAUGGCAAUGGUGACCCGAUUGCAUCCUAUGAUCUGAUAAACUGGCAAAGAGCCCCUGAUGGUUCCCUUCAGCUGGCGAGGGUGGGCUUCUAUGAUGCUUCCCUCGAUGAGGACAAAGACCUGGUAAUAGAUGAGCCAAUAAUUAUGUGGCACAGAGGAGAGAAGGCCCCAGAAUCAUUGUGCAGUAAAAGUUGCCUGCCAGGCUUCAGGAAGGCCCGGCAAAAGGGAAAGCCACUCUGCUGCUUUGACUGUAUACCAUGUGCUGAAGGAGAAAUCAGUAAUCAAACAGACUCAAUUAAGUGCCUGACAUGUUCAAAGGAGACAUGGCCAAACCAAGCUCAAGACCAAUGCAUACCUAAAACUGUAGAGUUUUUGUCCUUUCUGGAGCCAUUGGGAAUGGUUUUAUGGGUAGUGUCAGCAUUCGGGGCCUGUGCAACAUUAGCAGUACUUGGUGUGUUUAUAAUGUACAGGAAGACUCCGGUCAUAAGAGGAAAUAAUAUGGAGCUAAGUUUCCUUCUCCUGUUAUUUCUUUGUGCAUGCUUUCUGAUAAGUCUCACAUUUAUAGGGAAGCCCACUGAUUGGUUAUGCUGGAUUCGGUAUCCAGCCUUCGGAAUUAGUUUUGCUCUUUGUAUCUCAUGCAUCCUGGCAAAAACUGUGGUUGUUUUAAUGGCUUUUAGGGCCACCCUCCCUGGCAGUAAUGUCAUGAAGUGGUUUGGUCCUGCUAAACAAAGAUCAAGUGUAAUCCUGUGCACUUGUGUGCAAGCACUUAUUUGCAUCAUAUGGUUAACAACAAAGCCCCCUUUUGCUUCACUUAACACUAAGUUUAUGAGUGCAACUUUAAUUGUCGAAUGUGCUGUAGGAUCUGAAGUUGGAUUUUGGUGUGUGCUAGGAUAUAUUGGCGUCCUUGCCUGCCUGUGUUUCUUAAUGGCAUUUCUAGCCAGAAAACUACCAGAUAACUUUAACGAGGCUAAAUUUAUCACAUUCAGCAUGAUUAUAUUUUUUGCGGUGUGGAUCACCUUCAUUCCAGUUUAUGUGAGCACACGUGGAAAAUAUAUGGUUGCUGUCCAUGUAUUUGCUAUUCUAGCUUCUGCCUUUGCUCUCCUGCUGUGUAUAUUUGCACCUAAAUGUUAUAUUGUAUUACUGAAACCUGAAAAAAAUGACAGAAGGAUUAUGAUGAAGAAAUAG